AGCGGGGAUGAGUCUAGUGGGCGGCUUCCCCCACCACCCGGUGGUGCACCAUGAGGGCUACCCUUUCGCUGCCGCCGCCGCUGCCGCCGCCGCCGCCGCCACCCGCUGUGGCCACGAGGAGAACCCCUACUUCCACGGCUGGCUCAUCAGCAGCCACCCAGAGAUGUCCCCCCCCGACUACAGCAUGGCUCUGUCCUACAGCCCUGAGUACGCCAACGGGGCGCCGGGCAUGGACCACUCCCAUUACGGGGGGGUGCCGCCCGGGAACGGCCCGCCCGGGCUCGGGGGGCCCCGGCCGGUGAAACGCAGGGGCACGGCGAACCGCAAGGAGCGGCGCAGGACUCAGAGCAUCAACAGCGCCUUCGCGGAGCUGAGGGAGUGCAUCCCCAACGUGCCCGCAGACACCAAGCUCUCCAAGAUCAAAACCCUCCGUCUGGCCACCAGCUACAUCGCCUACCUCAUGGACCUGCUGGCGAAGGACGACCAGAACGGGGAGGCGGAGGCUUUCAAGGCAGAGAUCAAGAAGACAGACGUGAAGGAAGAGAAGAGGAAGAAAGAGCUGAACGAAAUCUUGAAAAGCACAGUUAGCAGCAACGAUAAGAAAACCAAAGGGAGGACUGGCUGGCCGCAGCAUGUCUGGGCUUUGGAGCUCAAGCAGUGAGCACGGCAGGACUGGAGGAGCCGUCCUCUCAGUCUCGGUAGUGAGCUCUCCUCUGAGGACUCUUUGUAUUUGGAAUAAUCCAGUUUAUUUAUGUGCAAUUUCUCCCCCAACCCCCCAAAAUGUGGAUAUUUGAAGGAGAGGGAAAAAGCAUUCCAUAUAUGAAGAGGAAACUCCAUCUUGGUAAGGGGUAAUGUCUCUAAAUGUUUCGUGAAUGUUAUUUGCUCUGUAUAAAACACGUGGGGAAAACAGAACCAUAGAAAAGGAAAAAAAUCCCUCCCUGGCAUUAGUGUGUAUGUGAAGUGUAUCUUUAAUACUUGGCCUUUUGGAUAUAAAUAUUCAUGGGAUUAUAAAGCUAUAUUUCAACAGAAGCAGUUGCACCAAUGUUUCGAUUGACUCGGUAUUUAGUGUUGUAAUUUUGUUGUGGUCGUUCAGUAUUUGAAGAUGUUUUCAACAGUUAUUGGUUAUGUGCACUUCCGUCCGUAAGGGAAAAAGUGGAAUCUAAUUAAUAUUGAAGGUGUAAACGUUGUAAGUACUCAAUAAACCACUGUGUGUGUUUUUUACAAAACAAAAGAAAAAAAAAAGAAAAAGAAAAAAAAAAAAGAAAAUCCAAAUCUUUUUAUGUUUUAUACCUCAAAAUGUUUUGAAUAACAGCGUUGUUUAUGGCUUUUUUUUCAUAAUAUUUAAAAUAUU